UGCCGCCGUGCCACGGCGGCGCCACGGCACCGGCGACGGCGAUGUGCAUGUGCCCGUGUGGCACGGCGAGCGCGCCGCCGGUCUCCCCGUGCAGCCGGCCGCUCACCUGGCGCCCGCCGUGUCCGAGGCGCCGCGUGGCGUCGGGUGGCCUGGCCGUGUCCGCGGUGACAUGGUCACCAGGCGACCACUGGAGCGCGUCGUGGCCGCCAUUUCUCCUCUUUUGCGCCCGUGGCUCGGCUCGGCUCGGCUCGGCGCCCCGUCGGCCUCCUCGGUUUAACUUAGCUCGGUGGCAAUAAAUGGCGGCGCCACCGCUUGAUUCACGCAGGGCGGCGUGUCAGACGGCCAUGGCGGCGUCAAGGUGAGAUCACUCCUCUCGUUGGAACCGGGCUUCGUUUUAUGCUGCAGCCCAUGUGUUCGACUGAAUUCCCCUGAGAGGUCUCGAGCUCUGUUGCUCCGUUUGAUCUGCAGAUUGGAGACUUGGUAGCUCUGAUUGUGACGUCCUCUAUGGUACCCACUGUUGAUCUGAGCAUAGUUGUUGGCCUUUCAAAUCAUGAUCUUUCAGGAAGGGGCAUCUGCGGCCGACAGCUCUUUGUUUGUCAAGAUCCUCACUUGAUCAGUCUCCGACAGGUCACAGGCCUGGCUUCAGGGGAUUCACUUUCAUAGCUGCUGUGACUUUGCAACGCAAACGAAGCUUCAAGGUAACGGCUCACCUGAUCUGAUUAAGAUUGCUGCUGCUGCUGCUUCACAAAGGGGAAUCGCAAGACCUUGCUGUUUCCUCUCAGGAUCAGCUGCUAACAGGUAUGUUCAUAACUCUGUUUUGCGUAGCUCUCGUUUCUAUUCCUCUCACUAUCUGCCAGCCAUGGAUCAACCUUCUUCUUCCUUCCUACUUUUCGGUUUCUCCAAGAAAUUAGUCCACUUAGGAAAGUAGCACACUAAAGAGCUGAAUUAGAUUCAGAUUCAGAAAUGCGCACUACCAAACAGGACUGCAAACCACUACUAGUAUUUCAGUGUUCUUUCGCUGAGCCUAUCUAUAAUCAUGUGCCACCUUUUAAGCGGGCACAAGGAAGCAUCAUCUUAGCUGGGCUGCUGGGUGUAGUGCAGGCUGCACGAAAAAGGAACAAGAAAACUACACGCAAGGACCAAAGUAGGCGCGCAUGCGUGCGUCCGUGUACACAGUUAUAAACAAAACACACACACAGACGUAAUUGGUCCUAGUUUUUAUAGGACACUGCCAACAGUUGCCUCCGCGUUGUCUGAUCAAUCCAACAGAUUACAUAAAUGCUAAAGCUAAGCUAACCUCUUCCUUAAUGCCCAAGUGCCCCUUCACUCUGAGUGACUGCAUCUUUGGUGGUGUCCAUGUAUGGUCGUACCAGCAGCAACACUGAAACAGCAAGCUCAGCGAGGAGAAGAGGUGAGGAGGUGGUGGUGGUGGUGGUGGGGCUCGUCAUUACAGAGUGCAGACUUUUCCCUGGGGCGCCGCACAGCACCGCUCAACUCAGUAGCUUCACUCCAGCAGCAGCGGCAGCAGAAGCAGAAAGCGGGUAGCCAUGGCAGAGGAGAGGAAGAAGGAGAAGGAGAAGAAGAAGAAGCACAAGGAGAAGGAGAAGGAGAAGGCGGGCACCCACGGUGGGGAGGCGCACUUCAAGCCGAGCGGGGAGGUGAAGGGGGUGCGGUUCGGCGGCCAGUUCAUCGUGAAGUCGUUCACGGUGCGGCGGGCGUCGCCGCUGGAGCUGCUCCGGCUGCUGGACAUCCCGCCGGCGUACCUGAGCGAGUGCCAGAGCCUGCCGUUCCCGUCCACCACGGCGUACAUGCCCACCAGCUUCACCAUCCUGGCGCACCAGGCGUGGCACACGCUCACGCUGGGGCUGGGCACCAAGAAGUCCAAGGUGGUGCUCUUCGUGUUCGAGUCCGAGGGCAUGAAGGCCGCCGUCGACCAGCUCUGGCCGUCCAUGAUCCCGCUCGGCGACGUCAACAAGAAGCUCAUCCGGGGGCUCACCGGCAGCGAGAUGGCCCGGUUCAAGUUCAGGAAGGGCUGCCUCACCAUCUACGUCUACGCCGUCCGCCGCCUCGGCGCCGCCGGCUUCAUGUGCGCCGACGACCUCAGGAGGAUACUCGAGUCCGUGGUGGAGCUCAAGGAUUUCUUGGAUCACACCGCCAUGCUCGCCAUGCCCAGCCAGAAGAGCAUCACCUUGCAGUCCCGGGUCGCAGUGGCUCACUGAUCCAACUCUCCCAAGUGCUCUUGAUCGUUUCAUCGGUGCAGGUACUCCUCCUGGCUUGCAAUCUGCAGAGGAGUCUAAUUCUUUUUUUGCGGUUCAAUUGGUUUAUUCCAGUGUCGAUGUUCCACUUCCUCUGCUGGAAGGGAGUUGUAUAGAUCUACUGAGCAAAAUCUUUCGAAGAUGAUAGGUUUUUUGUUUCAAAGGCAUUUCUUCCCCAAGGAUCAUACACCUUGGUAUACUGUUUAUCCAUGAAACAAAAUAAUCCAUCAAUGAGAACCAUCUGUACCAUGACAUUCUUGUCGCAUUGUACAGAAGCCCCAACUUGUUACCAGUACUCUUUAUUAUUGGUAUUGUACAGGUUUCCCGUUCUCUCAUCAUCCUUAGUUCUUACUCCAUGAAUACUCAUUACUUGACACAAUCACAAGAAAAACCUCUGAAUUGUCCUUGUGUAGUUGUGUUCCUUGAAUACUCAUUGCUUGAUACAAUCACAAGAAAAACCUCUGAAUCGCAAACUGCCUCUGGUGUUUCUUUCUGAGAUGCUGUCAUUAGAGAUGGGAGCUAUCCAGAGAGGAAAGUGAACAGCAAAGUUCAGAAUCUGAGAGAAAGUGGGUGCUAAUCUCUGUUUAUGUGGGACGUAGCCAUCAUGGAGUUCAUAGAAAAGAAGGACAAAUGCUCUUCUUUUACCUGUCUGGCUCUGCCUGGUCCGUUAUUCUUAUAUAUGGAGAUGCCAAUGGCCCAAUGCAAGGAUAAAUUUGACCAGGAGUUCAUGCUCCAUAUUGUGCAUUUUCACCAGGGAAAUAACAGCAAAGCCAAACCCAAAAGGACAGAUGGGUGUUGGUCAUGAUCAUUGAGCGAGUUAAAAAAGUUUGUUGGGCAGGGACACUCGAUUCAGUGUCAUGAUACAAGUGGUUGAGCAAGCAUGGGCCACCACCCACUAUGGCCUGAAUCAUUAACAACAAAAGCCAUCUCAUCUCUCAUCUUCUCCCACACAACAGUGCCACAGAGGGACAGUGCACCCCUUGCUGUGACCUGCAUUCGUUGUAUAAGAUCUGUACUCCAGUUCUGUACCCCAAAAGAACUCAGGAUAUCUCUUUCAGUAGUUUA